AUGGGGUGGCACUUUCGAGACUACACAGACGCACCAGCAGGCAACUUCUCUUCAUACCGCCGAUCUGUCCCCUCAGCCCUUGUAGCUGAGGCCCUGGCGUUAAAGGCUGCAGUCCAAUCUGCAGUUACACGUGGUGUUGACUCCCUUAGAGUGUUCUCAGACUCCAAAAGUUUCAUCACUCUUCUGUCUACCAAGAAGAACCAUGUGUGGAUUCAAGGAAUUCUCUUUGAUAUUCACUCUCUAUCAGUCUCCUUUAGUAGUAUCUCUUUUCAUUUUAUCCCUCGAUUGGGUAAUACCUUGGCUGAUACAAUUGCUAAGUCAGCGCUACUCUCCUUAUCUAACUCUCCGGCUUGUGGAUGA